CUAUGGAGAGCGAUGUUGAUAAACGAUGGGAGUGAGCGGAGCCGCGAAAUUGACAUGACUGGAGAAAUAAGCUCCAGGAAAAUAAAAGGAUGAAAACUCAGGAGGGGAGAGAAGAAGAGAUACAUGAGGUUUUGGAGCCCUGCUAGAUGAGUUUAUGGAGCCAGACAUCAUGUCCUCACACUCUGACUCCUCUCUUCCGAUGGACGGAGACGGUGAUGGUGGUGUGGGAUCAGAAGACGACGAGUUUGGGGAUUUUUCUUCGCCGGUGGUGUGCUCCCCUUUCGGCCUUGCUGACGCCACGGCGCCACCAUUUUUUCACAGACAAACCUUUCCGACUUCAAAGCCAGCAACCCAUCAACCGAACUCCAGCUUUAAUCACCUCGUUGAACAAAACCAACACACAUCUGCUGUGAUGUUGGGCUCUGACGGGCGUCACAUGGACGUGGACGGGCCAACUUGUAUUCCUGAAUCUUUGCACUACUCAAAUGGACGUGCUGUUGAAGACCCAGGGUCUGAGGCUUUUAGUGCCUCUUUAGUGAAUUCUCCUGCAGAGGAAACAGGGUUUGCCGAUUUUACUUUGUUCACGGAGCAGGCGGGACACCCUUGGUGCUGUGGUUUUACCGAGCAGUGGGAUAGAAGGCCGGAAGAAGCACACAUCAGCUCUGGUGAACAAGAUGCCGUUACGGACUCUGAACCCAAAACCCAGCAGAGCGACGUCUGCACUGAUGUAAAACACUGUGAGAAAAGAGAUGCAGUUCUUGUGCAACCACCUCAGGGCCACCAUCAGCCUCAGGAACCUGCAGCUUUGAGUUUCACAUCUGUUGAGGAGGUCCAGAGACUCGAAGCCAGAGUCCCUCAGCGGGUCACUGAGAAAGAGCCCGCCUCUGCUGACCAGACAUCCUGUUGUGAUGGUUUUUCCUUUGAGCGUGCCUCUGCAGAGGUGGAAGCUCAGUCUCCUCUGCGUCUUGCUUCUCAAGGCAGUCAGUCAAUCAAAGCAACUGAAGAGGUGGAAAACCCAGAAAACUGUAGACGUUCUGUCUUUCUGAUCAGGAGUGAAGUGGCAAAUCGUAGUUUGUCUGAGUCGCACCUUCGUCACUCCAACCACUACACAACUCAGGAAACCUCUGCUACCUCCAGCCAGUCGCACUUAACAAACACACAGGAUGAACUUGCCCAUGUCGCCGGUGGUCAUCACAGAGACCAUGAACCUGUUCAAACAGCUGAUGUCAGAACACAGAGCCCGGGAAAGCUUCCUCCUAGUGGCAGCUUUGCAGAUUUCUGCUCGGCSCACACGCAGGAGGAUGAAGAGGGACACUGGGCAGACUUCAAGCAUCAAAAUGUACCAGGGGAGGGUAAAACCUGGGCAUGGUUUAGAGAGCCAGUUGGUAGUUUUUWCGCUGGGAAGGACAAUAAGGAGGAGCGAGAUGGAGCAACGGGAAGGAACAGCUGCCAGGCUUCACUGAGCUGCCGGGUCCAGCUGCUCCUCCAGUCCAGUUUCCCGGAGAUACCRGUCCCAUUUGUGGAAGGUGAGGGAGAGCUGCUCAGUCUCGAUACUUUGCUUCAAAUCCAGGACCUCCCAGAGAGUGAGGGGGYGGUGAUACCAGAACUGAGCCAUGCCCUGAGAAUUCAGCAAUUGAUGUUGGGUCCACAUCAGGAUGUUUACCAUUCGCUUGGCCUCCAGUUUAAGUGGGGGGGUUCUCACGCGAACGCUUCUCUGCUCAGAUGUCUCGGUGUGGAUGAGAGGAACAUUGUUUGUAUGAACAUGAAGAAGCAGCCAGUGACUGUUUCUACUUAUAUGUCUGGCCUGGGAAUGCUGGAGCCCACCAAAGACCCUUUGCCAGUUGUCUGUUCUCCGCAACCUAAAGGGUCUCGGUGCACACCGGUCCCCUCUGCACAUUCAGGACAGUCGCUCCCUUCGAGACAGCUGAACUGGAGCACCCGCAGCCUCAGCAGCUCUCAGGAGGGUAUGUCCCCUUGCCGAGCCCCUCACAUGUAGGGUUGAAAGUAAACCACCAGCCCUGAACAAAAUGGCUGCCGCUAAAAACACCAAAAAAAAAGGCUUCCCACUUCCUCCAGGGCAUGUUUUGCUGCUAUAAUUUCAUGCUGUAUUUCCCCUUCGCUCACUGAGCCGCAUUGUGUUGAUCACAAUGCUGCGUCUGAUUCAAAGUCAAACCGACGAGCAACAAAAUGAAAAUAGAAACUCUGUUAGAGAAAAUCUGAGCUGCCUCUAGUUUUUGUCCCUGCUGCCAUCGUUUAGAGAGUUUUUCUCUGUUUAUCAUAACACCUAAUASGAUUUCAGGCAUUUUGAAUUUGAUGUUUAUUGCUGUUUUUUUUAACAUUCCGAAAAUGUCAACACUGUCUAACUUCUGCCAAAGUCUUUUUAACUUCCAUACAGCUGACAAUAUCAUCCAUGUUUUGACUKUAAAUGACAUAAACAUGUUUUUAAUUUUUUAUCUACGUCAUUCUGGUUACUUUAUCCAAGGACUUUCUGUUUUUCUGAGCUUCAUAAAAGCAAAGAGAUGCUGUAAAAUAUUAACAACACAGUCUUGUUUCGAUCAGGGAAUUUUGGGUUAUUUGUACAGCGUCAAAACAAACUUUUAAAUUGAUCCUAACACUAAAAGUCAGAUAAUCGUUACUAUUGCUACUGGAAAAUUAUAUGAAGUAUGUUUUUGUCUGAACUGAGUAUGUGCAAAAAAAGUAUCACCAGAGUUUUUGUCUUUUACUAAUGCUGGUCUAAGGAAUCUAUUGUUGCACAUACGUUUUUCAAAUUAAAAGUUCUUGAGUUCAUUAAUGUUUUUUUAAUGGCUCAACUUAUUUGUGUAAUAAAUCUGACUGAAUUUUCUUUAAAAACAAUGAUAAAAACUUGGACACUGGUCACUUUCUGCUGCCUGUGUUUUAAAAGAAUAACACUCAGCUAGUUAAAAAUAUCAAAAUAAGAGUUUAUGUAUCUUUUAAUGCAACAGAGCUGGGCUGAUAUACUGAAGGCAUUAAAUUCAAACUCUGGAUUGUCAAYUGUAAAAAGACUGUUGUUAACACGCACGAUGUGCUUGAUGAUCAAGUUAAUUGAUGUAUAUAAAUACACAUAUCUUUAAUGAACAGCUGAUCAGUCUGUUUCAGACAAAGUUGGGAUUGAGUUGAGUCCAGAUUUAAUCAGAUUUAAUAAAAUUAAUUUAAAAAAAAGUACCUUUUAUUGUGACAUUUACUUCUACAGCCCCAGAAAUACUAAAUGGUAACUAAAUGGGGAUGUGUUUAACCUUAGGGCAGUGUAACACUGUAUUAUAAAGCAUGAACUGUAGAGGGCAUAUCUUCACAAGAGAGGGUGCAAAUCAGAACACUUCAGCCUGGUUUAUACUCCAUGAGAAGUGCCGGAGUUGUCUUGCUAACGUGGUUGCGUGAUGAGAAUUGCGUCUUUUCUUUCUCACAAUCGCCACUGAGACCCCAUCAUGUGCAUGGCCUCCCAUCGGAGCUAGUUUCUCACUGGGCAUGCGCCAAGUGUCAUGUGAUUGGUCAGAAUUUUAUUGGCGUGUUGGUAUAUAAAAAAUGUUGCUACUCUUAUUUCUGCCCCCGUUUAGGAACAACUGGCUGAGUGUGUAAGAAAAUACAGUCAUCUUUACAGUGGUUGCAGAAAAAAUGAGAAAGAUAUG